CAUCAGCACCAGUUCGUUCGCGGAAGCCGUCCGCAUCGCGUGGAGCUGACUUGAAGAGAUCAAAAAGAUCACGAUCGCAGUGAAAUCGAACGCGCCUCAUAUGACGUCCGCGAAGAAAUCGGCCACGUUACGGGUGGCCCGUCGCUCGAGCAGCUUCGGCAUGCUGCUGGUUUGUUGCCUGCUGGCCCUUUUCGUCACUCCGGAGGCAAACACUAUCAUCGAACGGCCGUCGCGACCAUCACCUGAAGCCUACUGGUACCAGCGAGCCCAACUAGCCAGCAAAGAGGCCGGUCUCGCCCUUGGGGCUGACAUCCAGCUCACACCCGAAGAAAGCCUAGUGAACAACCACCUAAUGGAGCUGAAGAGGAACGAGCUGGAAAGUGGCUUCGACAACCCGUACAGCUUUGCACCAUCACGCCAUUUCUUCGAGGUGUUGGAACAGAUCAACAAGUCACCCUUAUUCCGGUUCAUACGCACGAUGCCCAAGGGUGCAGUUCUACACGCGCACGAUACAGCUCUCGCCAGCACGGCAGUGAUCGUAAACGCGACCUAUCAGGACCACCUAUGGCAGAAGGGUAAUUUUACAUCCGACCAAGACCCCGAGUUUCGCUUCUCGCGAUCAAUCCCAUCGAACGGAGACGGUUGGGAACUGGUACGAUCGGUGCGAGCCCGUACUGGUUCCGAUCGGUACGACGAACAGAUCGAACGUCUGUUCUCACUAUACGAGCCAGAUCCGAACAGCGUGUACCGCAGCAUCAACGACGUUUGGAACCGGUUUGCACGCCUUUUCCUGGCACUCGAACCCAUUGUCACGUAUCGGCCUGUGUGGGAGACCUACUUCCGGGAAGCAUUGCGUGAGUUCCACGAGGACAACGUGAUGUAUCUCGAGUUCCGGGGACUACUUCCAACGCUGUACGAUCUGGACGGUAAUACAUACACCCCGGAGGAAGUGAUCGAGAUAUACCAGAAGGUGACGAAGGAAUUCAAGGACACCCAUCCUCGGUUUGCCGGCACCAAGUUCAUAUAUGCGCCGCUACGAUUCGCCGACAACAAAACGGUAGAGCAGUACAUCAACCUGGCCGAGCAGCUCCACCUGCAGUACGGUGACUACGUGGUUGGGUUUGAUCUGGUCGGGCAGGAAGACACUGGUCCUCCACUGAAGAAUUUCAUCGACCAGCUACUCAGCUUGCCGUCAUCCAUCAACUUCCUGUUUCACGCAGGCGAAACCAACUGGCACGGUAUGCCGACGGAUGAGAACCUACUGGAUGCUGUGAUGCUUGGAACGAAACGCAUCGGUCACGGGUAUGCCCUGCUGAAACACCCUAUUCUGAUGGAACGCGUGUGGCGGCGAGGAAUCUGCAUCGAGAUUAACCCCGUAUCGAACCAGGUGCUUAAGCUGGUUGCCGACAAUCGAAACCACCCGGCCAGUGUGCUGUUUACGCACGAUUUUCCGGUCGUAGUGUCAUCCGACGAUCCGUCGUUCUGGCGGGCCAGCCCACUUAGUCACGACUUUUACAUUGCUUUUCUGGGCAUCGCAUCCGCUCACCAGGACUUGCGUUUACUAAAGAAGCUCGCCCUUAACUCGCUGCAGUACAGUUUGAUGAGCGAGCGUGAGAAGGCCGCGGCCGAAGCGAUGUUCCACGAGUCCUGGGACGAAUUCAUCCACUCACAAGUCCGGCUGCUAUCGAGUGAGCGCUCGAACCGUACGCGAGUCUGAAACGAGUAGUUUUAAUCUUGUGGAUGAGGCGAAGUUCGAUACGAGCGUACGAGGGCCAGGUCGGAUAUUAAUAUUUCCAUCGUCCUUCGCUCAGUGGCAAGCAUCGAUGGCGAUCGAUGCACACGCCAGCUUACAGAAGCUGUAAUAAAAAUGACAGUUCAUAAGGCAACAAUUUCCACUAUCGACGUUCAUAUGAAGUGGUUUGUUUGUCAGCAAACAAAUUUCAACCUCCAGCGGGACUGUGUUUACAAAAUCCAGAAAUUGGUCACUCGUUCCUGUGAUGCUGGCCGGUUUCCAAGCAGUGUAGCUUUGUGAUAGUAUUUGGACCGAGUCAUACCGAUUUUGCACUUGCUCGUAAACGUAAUUAAUAGGAUAAUUCAAUUACUCUGAAGUGUACCUUAUGCGAAAGCCCAAUAAAAUAUAUUGAUAGAUGUUUAUGAGCAUUUUAAUACGCAGCGUUCAACGUUUCAACGAUCCUAGAAAGUAAACAUGUUUAUCUUGAAUAUAUACUGUGUUAAAUAUGAUGAUA